AUGUGCACAGAGGAGGGCUCGGUGGAGGAGGCGAGAGCGGAGAAGCGUCUGGCGGAGAACGACGAGCGACGUGGAUGGGAAAUUCAAAGUGAAUUUGAGGCCCGGCGAGGCUGCGGGCAGCGGCUGCGCCGGCCCCUCGACCCUCGAGCGAGGCCUCGCCGCGGGGACCUGGUCUACCUUUCGCCUACCUCGACGCAGUCCGAGCCCACCGUCGCCGCCGUCCUCGCCGUCCACAACACCUCCGACCUCAUCCCACACCACGUGACUGGCAUGGAUCUCAUGGUCUGGGACCCGGACCGCCUCACCUUCAAACCGAGAGAGCACAGGGAGCACCCGGGUGGCCAGAUGGUCGGCCUCUGGAUGUCAAUCGAGUCCUGA